GCGUCUCGAUUUUCUACAUUUCCGCGGGAAGGCGCGCACGACCCUGUGCGCUUGCUAAGCGGAAAGGGACGAACGGUUGUGACCGCGCCUGUUCGGGAUAGGACUGCUGCUGCUGCUGCUGCUACUAUUACUGCUGUGCAGCGAUUAGUUGGGGCAAAAAGAUCAUGGGCUGCUGCGCCUCGAUACCGCGCUCACGGUCCGGCGCCUCGACCACGACGGAGUCGACAGCCAAGGACACGCGACCAAACAAACGGCUGAUGCGCAUUGCGGCGGGGCGGCGGAGCAAACCGCCGAAGGUGGACGAGAGGACGGGCCCGCUAACGCGCGCGCGCCUCGCGACCGAACGCGCCGCGUUCUGGGACACGCGCGUGACGGGCCGCGCCGAGAUGUGGGGGGGCGUUAAGCUGUCGGUCGAGGCGCUCGCGGCGGGCGAUGUCGCGAGCGCGCAGGGCGUGCUGGAUGCGGCGGGGUUGACGUGUCCGACGGGGGAGCUGUGGAGGGGCGUGUAUGAUGAGCGAGGCGAGGAGUACAAGGUGCCGGAAUGGGUGGUGGUGGAGCCGGUGGGCUUGGUGGAAGAGGUGGUGGAAGAGGAGGAUGUUCAGGACGAUGGAGGUGGUGAUGCGGAAGAGGAAGAUGAAGAGGAGGAAGACAGUGUGAUGGGGAAACAAGGGGCAGAGGAGGAGGAUGAGGGGGACUUGGGCAAGGGCAAGGGCAAGGACCGGGUGGGCGAGGUGGUCAAGGUGAAGGCACGGCUGAGCGAUCGAGGGACGGAUGUGGUGGUGGAGGUGGGCAUGGAGGAGGGCGUGGCAGCGCUCAAGGCAAAGAUAGUCGAGGCGGGACAGGUGGCGGCGAGCAGUCGGGUGCGACUGGCAUACAUGGGACGGAUGUUGAACGAACGGGCAAGCCUGGCGUCUCAGGGCUACCGGGCGGGCGACGUUGUGAGCGCGCUGGUGCAAUAGGGUACCCUACUUUAAUCCAUGAUAUGCAAGGGAGGCGCCGCCAGGAUGACGUCUGCGGGCCUUCGGAACAGCUUUGUUCCACCAACGCGCGCUUCCGCAAACAACAGACCGGACAGCUACGCCUUGC